AUGGCUGUUCAACAGUCUUUGAAACUUAUUGUCCAAAAUAUACCUACUUCUAAUGGAAGGACAAUUGCAGAUAAACUUUAUGAAGAGUUUUCAAAUUCUAUUGAUUAUUAUAAUUUUAUUGCACCUGAAAAUUCAAUCUUUUGUUCUGCAGUAUUUCAUUUCAUAGAUCAAGACUCUUUUGAUAAGUUUUGUAGAAAGUAUACCCAACACACUUAUUACUUACCUAACGGUCAACAAAAAGAACUUGACAUUAAACGCUGUAUUAACUCUAAACUUCCUACAGAUGAUAUUUCUGAUGAAUUAAAUGGUACUUUAGAAGAUGACCCAAUCUACCAACAAUUUGCUGACUCUUUAUUAAAACGUAAUAGAUAA